AUGGACCUCCAAAGUUCGCCAUGGGUACCUAUCCCGCCUUAUAAAGUAUCUGAUUUCAAAAAGUACAUGGACAGAAAAUUUGAACUUAGUGUUCUAUUAGAGCUAUAUGUUCUCCCGGCCCUCGACGACUACCCAUCUACGUACUCGGCAGACAGCGCGAGUUCAGGCACCGUCACAAAGGCAGCUACCCCUUGCAAGGGGUUCUUUCGACGGAGUAUUCAGAAACAAAUUGAGUAUCGCUGCCUUCGUGACGGGAAGUGUCUGGUCAUCCGGCUGAACAGGAAUCGGUGCCAGUUCUGCAGAUUUAAGAAGUGCUUGGCGGUUGGCAUGAGCAAAGACUCCGUACGAUACGGAAGAGUACCGAAGAGACCCCGAGAGCCCUCCGCAGCAGACAGCCUGCCCGAACCUUCAAAGCGACCGGUCCAUACCAACGCAACCACGAUCCCCCCAACAGAUCCCUUGGAAGCAGAGCUCUUAAGGCAAGAAAUGACGAAGGAAUUAGUAAAACUCAUCACCACAGCCCACCGCGGCACCAACACCUACACCGAGGAAUUAAGGGUCUCCCUGGAGCCCCGCGCCGCCCCCUUCCGCGUCGAGGAGUCUGAAGCUGAAGCCAGCGGCGGCGAGGAUGCGGCCUCCUCCAGCACGGACCGCGCCACCGACGCGCGCUCCGUGCUUUGGCACAACAUCGCUCUCCGCAUGACGCCGGCUGUCCAGCAAGUUGUCGAGUUCGCAAAGCGGUUGCCCGGCUUCCAUGGAUUACCCCAAGACGACCAGCUUAUUAUUAUUAAGCUAGGGUUUUUCGAAGUGUGGCUGACCCGCAUCACCGCGCUGUCGACUCCAGACCGCAUCAUGUUCGAAGACGGCACCGUGUUCACCCACGCCCAUCUGGCUACCAUAUACGACGCGGCAUUUGCAACGGCAAUGCUGACUUAUAUCUGGAACCUUCAGCGAAUGAAUAUGACCGAAGAGGAGUUGGCAGUGUACACGGGCACUCUGCUCCUCUUCCCACAACGCCCCGGACUCAGCGCCGGAGACCGAAUUCAAGGGCUACAAAACGCCAUGAACGAUGCGCUCCAAAACAUGGCUGUGUCACACGGCGGGCCGGAGGCUGUGGCAAUAUCCCGCGCGCGUUAUGAAGCCUUCGCAGCGGCCAGGAACGAGGUGCGGCUGCUGGGCACCCGUCACCACGUGCUGCUGGCCUGGCCACGCGAGCACUGGCAGCGCCUGCUGCUUCCACCCCUAUUUUCCGAGAUUUUCGAUAUUCCGAAGCAUGAUGAAGAUGCUGGGGACUCUGCUGCAUCCGCGUCGCCGGGACCUGUCCCCAGGUCCCCCCAGUCCCCGCACUCGUCACAUCCCCCAGUCCCGCAACUAGGAUAAAUUUAAAAGAAUCAAAGAGAACGCCAAUACUAAUAACGGCAUGACUGAUAUCAUUAUUAUUGGUAUUAUCAUUAAAGGUUUAGAAUAACUAGCGUCAGUUCUCUAGGGAUAGUUAUUGGAAUAUUGUAAUACUAGCUUCUGCCCGCGGGUUCGCCCGCGUUCCUGUGUAAAAAGUGGCCUAUAUGUUGUUUCAGAACUUCAUCUCGACUUGUUCAUCCGUUGCCGUGAACGUUUGUGAGGAUGUAUUGUUAUAGAUCCUCACAAACUUUCACAAUUAUAAUAUUGGUAGGAUUCCUAAGAACUAAUAUGACCACUGAAAGUAUUAAAAUAUUUCUAUCACAAGUUUUAUAAACAAAGAUUGUAUUAUUCUGGCAGCUAUUCCAAAAAGCUGUCAUGCGUCGUGUCGUAAUGUUUGUGUACAAGAUCUCGAUGACAUGACAAUGUGAACUGAGAGUGAGGUGGUUGGGUGUACGGGCCGUAGAUAAGUUAGACAAACGCACGACUUAGGAGCUGUUGUAUCGACCCCAUAUAGGAAUCACCAUACAUAUCGUUUAUGCAACAUGUAAUGUUAUGAUUUUACUUUUAUCGUUAUUUAUUUAAAAUGUUCCUUGUUUUACAUUAUGUUCUUUUUAUCAAGUAAGGGUUAACUUAGGUACUUGUAAUUCUUUGAUUCGUCGUCUUAAUAUGCUGGUUUGUUGCUCGUAUUGUAUCUACAGUAACAUAAGUUGUACGUAGCAUAAUAUUUUAUUUGAACCGACUUCUCGUUAAAGGAGAAGGUAUUGCCACCCGAUAUGUUCAAUUCUAUUAUGUUUUAGUUAAAAUGACGAAGUCAUAAUAUAAAUUAUUAUAAGGUCUGAAUUUCGAAUAGUUAUUCUUGUCUAGAUGACUCUGAUAGGUUAAGAACUGAAUUUCGUACAUGAAAAGUAUUUAAGUAGUAGUCUAAUGUAAGUGAUUUAUAUGCAGUGGGAGAAGGUAGGACGAGGCUUGGCGAACCUACUUACCUGUAUAUCUUUUUUUCAGUCGUACGUAUUUGAUUUCAUUGACACUUUAGAUACGGGAACUGUAGUAAGGUACAGGCGCCUAUUAACCUAUCCAGUGUCGGUAUAUGACACACAAUAUAAAAUACAUUGUGUCUCGCCUAGGCCUAUGUUCCGGCACGGCAUACCACGAGUUGAGGCCCACCUUAUUCAAACCCCUCGUAAAAUGAAUUUAAUAAAGAAAAACAUGGAAUUUGCAAUAUUACCAUUUUAAAUAAAAAAUCAAGAUAUCCAAAAGGUAGUGCAGAAUUUGGCAUUUUAACACAAAUAAGUAUACACACUUCUUACAAACAUGGUACAUAGUUGGCUAUCUUAGGAAACCAUAUUAUAGCAUUAUAACGAACUAUAGUAUGGGCUAUAUUAGGAAAUAACACCCGGCUUGAGUAUAAUCUCGAAAAAUACAAAACAAGAAAUUAAAUAAUAUCACUCACUAGCGACCCGCCCCGGCUUCGCACGGUUGCAGUGUGCAUAUAUCAUACAUAUAAACCUUCCUUAAGAAUCACUAUAUUAUUAAAAAAUACCGCAUCAAAUCCGUUGCGUAGUUUUAAAGAUCUAAGCAUAGAUAGGGACAGACAGACGGCGGAUAGCGACUUUUUUUGUACCAUGUAGUGAUGUGCAUGGAAAAUGGAUGAAUUAAGAAUUUUUACUGUUUUAUAACAAAGAUUGGUUCAAACUAGGAGCCGGGUCAUCUUUAACGAUCUUACCUAAUUGCUUUCCGUGAUUCUAAGUACUUACCCGACUUCCCAAAAAUGAGGAGGUUCUCAAUUCGGCCGGUAUCACAUUUUAUAUAUAUAAAGUUAAAGUAUAUUCGCAAAUAGUUAUUUACAGAGCGAGUAAAGUCCAUGUGUUCCGUAGUGCAGUAAUGCGAUUCGAAUACAAGUGUGUGCUAAACAAACACGCGUGUGAUAAUAUUUAGGUAACAGGCAGGUAUUACAAUGUAUUAAUAAUAAGUAUAAAUAGUAUUUCCAAUAUUACGUUAUAUAAUAACACUGCAUAAUUAUACCUAGUAUAUGUACAGGUCCUCCUAAGUCAAUGGAAUCAGUUGAAUUAGGAAUGGGUAUCCAAUUCAAGUUAUUAUUAUGUUUACUGGCUUACUUACGUAACUGUUUAACGAGAAACUCGACUAGUUUCAAGCCAUUUCAGAGGCUCAUAUUCAUGAGCAGCAUUUCGCGACACACGAUGCGGCGACUGUCACGCAGCUAUGUGACAAGACAGCAAUUAUGUGAAUAAGCCGGAAAACUUAAUAAUUAAUUCAGUAUGUCUCACGUAAGUUAAAUACAAAUCAAGUUAAUAUAGGGACGUCAAAUACAUUCUUUAUAUUUUUACAUUUAAGUCAUUGCUUGUAGCCUUAUUGUUUAUUUUUAUUAUUAUGAUUAAGAUAAGUUAGUCUUAUAGAGGUGCAUUACGUUUCCUUGUUAUAUACUUAAGAGUUCAUCUAUCCAAUCAUAAGUUUUCGCUUUGGUCUAAGUAGAAAUUUAAAAAGAGUAAAGAUUUUGAACUGAAAACAUUAGCAUCCUCAAGAUUUUAUGUAGGUCUUAACGGUACGGUACAAUGUUUAUAACUUUUAAUAUAUUGUUUCGCUCCCAUCUUUGUUUUGAUAUUACUUUUAUUGUGUUAAUCUAAAUUAAGAUGUUUAUUGUUUAUUUUAGUACGCACAAUAAUUAAGCUCUCGGAACCAAAAACUGCAUGCACUGGAACUAUUUAGACACAAACCUUGUAACGGCAUUGCGUUUGCAUUUACUCAGCAUUUGCUCCUUUUAGGUUUUAUAACAUAAUCAAUAUUCAUUAUAUGCAUACCUAGUUUACAUUUAGAUAUAUAUAGAGGUAAUAGUACUUAUUGUGUUUCCAUGUUGUUCGUAGCGCAACAUUCAUGUUUAUCUACAUUUUAUUUGGAACAAGUUUUUUUUUGUUGUAUAAUUUAAUAUUAAGUAUAGAGAGAAUGAGUUUGAAUUUUUUAAUUACACUUGGUUUAUAAGACAACAAAGAUAAUGCAUGAUAUUGUACAUCAUUUGAAAUGAUAGACGUUGUCUUAAUUCAAUUAAGUGCAAAUGAAAAUGGUGUUAUUUAAUAGCUGAUAUUUGAUGUAAUGUGCAUGAGUUUAAAACAAUCUGCAGAUAAUCGAUCUCAUGAAAUCUGUAUUUGUGUAUAGAGACGAACUUGCUACCGACCAUGUGCUGGGUUUGAGAUGCCCAAGUAUCUUGUUGUUGUGGCUUUUUGAAUACUUAUUAAAAACUCGUUAUAAAGCGCAUGGUCUCACCCUACAUUCUAAUAAGUGGGAGGUACUGAAAACUAUGUUAUUUUUGUAUAUAAUUUUGUCACCGUUAUGGUAAACUAACGAAACUGCCAAUUUUGUGAACUGAAUAUUUAUAUAAAAAACUACUCCUUAUGGGGUACUUGAAGAUUGCAGUUUUUAUAAUGUUAAGUCUUAAACAAAGGUAUUUAUGAAAACCUAGGUAUUUUAAUUUAUGGGUCAAUACUCCAAAGAAAAUUGCAUACGAAACUACAUAAAACAAAAUAAGCAAGGGAACGUUUCGAAAUAUGAAAUUGAUAACUUUUUUAACUAACGAAAGUGGCACUUUCGUUUGUUUACCAAAUAAUUUGUUCAAUACUUUUCGUACAAAAUUACGAAACUACCACUUUCGUAAGUUGGCUACAGCGUAAUAUUCGAAUCUUUGAACUGUAACGUAUGUAUGAAGAUGCAAAGUAACGAAAGUGCAUUUACUUAUUGUUCUUGUAAUAUAAGGGAAAUUAAUUCAUGAUACAUAUAAUCAGUGGCAAUUUUAAAAUGAAACGUACCGCAGUUCUUAUUAUAAUAUUCUUUAAAGAAGUUAUUAACCAAUUAAUAUUUCGAUACGCGCCCUUUUAAAGAUUUUUGCAGUUUCGUAAGUUUACUAUAAAAGUGAAGAUAUGUUAUUGAUUAAGUUUCUUGGCUGUUAAUGUUUUUAAAUAUUAGCUUUAUUUACAACCUUCGCACAUAUCGGCACGUAACUUGGCAAGAACUGAUAAGGUACAGCGAGCAUCAAAUAGUGGCCUUUGGGGUACCUAAAUAAAUAGACUACAUCGAAAACUUAUUAAACAUACAUAUAUAGUUUUAACCUAUGUUAUUGAUUUUAUAGUUGUGUUUAUACAUUUUAGUACCUUGAGGGUCAGUGACGCCGACUGUACAGCUGAACGUAUGCCCAAGUUACUGGCCGGUUGCAGUUGGUACUAGUUCUUUAUUGUUCUUAGUCUUAGAUAUAUACUAGCUAUGUAAGUGAAAUAUAAUAUGUACGAUAUAAUAGACUUUUAUUUACAUCCCGAACCGAUACUUUUCCAUCUUGGUAACUUGAAGAGAAUUUAUUUAUUUAUUUAAAAAGGAUCUCCAACAGAAAAUACACGUAACAUGCACAGUGUUAAUAAAAUAAACAGAUACCUUGUGCUUCUCCAAUUAUAGGAGAUCACGACAUGCAAACAAAAUAAAUUGUAAUUUUGAAUAUACCUAAAAUCGAAAAUUGUUAAAUCAGGAAACAAAACAAACGAUGCAAACAGAAAACAAUGAUAAUAAAGAGACAAUAAAUUAACGUAUAGGUACUUCAGCACCUAUGUAUCAGUGAGCAAUGUGUGAAGCAGGGAUUUGUAUUUCCCCAGUUUAUUGGAGAAAAUAUCAAUUUCCCUGGAGUUACAAGCUACGGUGUUAUACAGGUUUGACAUCCUAACUAGUGGUGAAUGUUUUUUCAAGUUUGUUCGGCAUCUCGGCAAUGGGCGGGGGUGGCGAGGUACUCUGGAAGGCACAUUGAUAGAAAUCUUAUUUAGAAGAUCUGGGCAGUCCAUUCCAUUGUUAAGCAACUUGUAUAGAAAUGUUAGAUCAAGCAUGAUGCGGCGAGACUUGAGAUCAGAAGAGAAUCUACAUUUUCGAUCUAUUAGAAAGUAUGAGUUUUCUAAAAAUUCUUAUUGAAUAUAGGAUAAAGGAGUAGGUACUAGGUACAACAAUGACAAUAAAAAGGUCAUCAAUCAAAGUUCAUAUCGCUUUAAUGCUUAAUCGUAUUGCCACUUUCUUAAAUCACAUGGAAGAAACAAUAAAAGUAUUAAACAAAAUACUUAAAGAUUUAUAAUUAAAGAAAUUAAAUAACUCAUAAUUAUUUUUCAUUAUCAUUAUUUCGAACAACAAUAACAAAGCGAAUAGCUAUGAUUUAUUUGACCGCGGCCGGGUCCCGCGCACUUCGUAACGACGCUAUACAUCACAAUAAUAAAACAACAUCUCUGAUAGGAUGGCCAAAGCCACUACACAAAUUGAUUUCAUGAUAUAAUAUUGUCAAGGUACUACGGAGCAGCCACGUGACACACGCAGGGACAUUAUAAUCCACACUAUGUUGUACACGUGCCCCCCUAGUACGAUUGUUUUCACAAACACAUUGCAUGUAAAAUUUAAUACAUUCAUUGACUGAACAAUACCUCACAUCGCACCAUAAGAAUUAUAUUAACGCAAAUGGACUUAUUUUCAACUUAAGACAACUGUAUCUAGAUUCUUGAUUACAUUUCCUUCACUAUUUAUAAAAUACAUUGUUUUUAUAUUACAGUUUCUCAAAAUAUACAGCCUUUUUUUUGAGGGGGGAAUAUCAUUCAAUGACUUCUCCCGCCCGGGUGAGGCGGGAGGGAGUGUCAGAUUCUUACUGACUAAUAACCACCCCGUUCCUACUCCUGCACUUCGAGCCGGAGCCCCGGCAACACGUUAAGUCUUCCGCGGCUCCGUAUCAGCAUCAGCCCUGCUAGGCCCAUCUGUGGUGGUCUGAUGGCUCCUUGAGGCGCGCGCGGAACGCGACGCGCCGUACGCUCGGGCCUGGUUCUGGUCGAGCGGCGAGUCACCCAUGCUCGCCGUCCGCAGGCCCGUGCUUACGGUGGCCGGAGAUCGUCUCGCGAUCCCCGACGCCCGGAGUGUCUCUCGCGACGGCCGGGUCGUGAGGAGGUUCCUUCCCUCACGCGCUCCGCCUCCUCCUUAGCUAGCAUGACUGCUCCGCAGAAGGAGGAGACGGCAUCCCAGUCCCCCUCGCUCCGUACCAUGGCCUGAACCAGAGCCGGACGCGAGAGGUCACCGUCGCCGAUCACAUUCCUGAGGACACGACGGUGCUCAGUCCACGCAGGACAUACCGCCACCGUAUGCUCCACCGUGUCCCCCGGUUGAUCCUCGCAGUGAUGACACCCGGGCGUUUCCUCCCGCCCAAUCCGAAACAGGAACCUACCGAAACUCCCGUGUCCGGUAAACACCUGCGUCAGGCGGUAGGUGAGGACGCCGUAGCGUCUCUCAAGCCACUCCUCAAAGAGGGGACUUACCGCUGCAAUGACAGCGAGCCCAGCCUUCGGUUGCGACAGUCGUUGCUGCCAUUCCGCUAUGAGAUCACGCCGGAGCUCAUCCCGCCACGCAUUAAUCUGGCGCGGCAGCGGAGUUUCGCCCCGGCGACGUGCGUCCGCGCGCAAACAAAACACGCGCACGAGCACCUUCGCCUCCAGAUCCCACGGCGGUAAUCCGGCAAGGAGGUUCGCCGCCUCCCCGGAGAUCGUGCGAUAUCCGCGUAUCAAUCGGAUCGCCAUGACCCUCUGUGAUGUGAGCAGCGCCCGAGCGGGCCGCCGCAUCAGGUUCGGCGCCCACACAGGGACGCUGUAGAGGGCCAUGGACCGCACGACCCCGGCGUAUAACCUCCGGCAGGAGGCGUUUGGCCCCCCGAGGUUGGGUAGUAGGCGCUUAAGCGCCGCCCCCGUCCUUUCCAACUUAGGUGCCAAACGUCGGAAAUGCUCCACGAAGUUCCACCGACUGUCGAGGACGAGUCCUAGGUACUUCAUCGUCGUCUCGACGCCGAUGGUAACUCCUCCCGCCGUUAAUUGGGACUCACCCGGAGGUGGUGCGUUCCCGAGGCCAUGAAAACACAUGGCCUCGGACUUGUGGAGCGCCACCUCGAGUCCCAGUUGCCGGAUUCUUUCAACGACUGUCGUACAGCGCCUGCAGCCAUUUGUCAUUGUUACACUAACAUUAAAUUAAAUGAAUAAAAAAGAAAUAUGAAGAAUAAAGACGUGAGGCACAAAAUGAUUCAAUUUAAAAUAAUACAAUUCUUCAUUAUAUACAAAAACAGUCCAUGGUAGAACUAACCAGGCGUGGUUGCCCAAGUACAAGAGACAUAUAAUAGAAAGCUUGUCACUUUAUAGAGCAUUUCCCGAUGAUAAAGUUAAUUUUAUGAAUAUGCAUUUGUGUCAAUGUAAUCCAAUGGUGCGACAUCACAAUGCUCUUGUGUUUACUUGCGAACGAGAACGCAGGUGCUUGCCUUACAACAAAUAACCGCAAAAUAACAUUAAGACAUUUUAUUGUUAUGUAUCAGUUCAGGGAAGCAAACAAAUAGUAAGUAUCAUGUAAAGUACUUCAUGCUCAGUUCACGACAUGAAUACAGCGUCAUAUAGCGAGCCGACCUCGUUCUCAGCUGUGGUACGCGUCUGUGUACAACAAACUAUUACAAUAAUUAAAUUACAUUUAAAUUAAUAUGUAUUAUUGACAAAAACGAAAUAAUUCAACUAAAUUGAACGGAGUUAACAUCUACAUCACUAAUGGGCUAUUCGUGUGAACGGUGCGCACUGUAUAAAGUCUCUGAGACUCGCUUACUUAUAGCCUCUAUGAAGUGUGACGAAUAUUAAUUAAUACCAAUAUAUAAUAUUAUAAUGUGCCAUACACGCAAUGUACGUAAUCCAAACAGAUAAAAUAAUUGACAGAAAAAUUUUGGCAUCUUACUGUACAAGCUAAAGGAACCACAUGAAUUACAAUAACAAUGUUUAUUAUUUAUAUUGAUGUCAGACAUUGCAAUACUUGUGUGCAGCGAAUGGCAAUAUUGUGGCUUUCUCACAGUUCACGGUGGAUGCCAGUGUACAGUAACAAGUGUUAGUGGAAAUAGUAGCACGGAGCUUAGCGGAGCUAGUGUUGCCCCGAGUCCGCCCGUCCGAACAGCCCUCACAAACGUCACACUACGCAGUUCGCCGCGGAAAGCCCCCGCUGGCGCCGGCGCAUCACACUACACUCAGUACAUACACGCGAUGAGGCACAGCGUGCAGGGCGGUUUCUGCAGCCAACGUGUCAACUAAAUCAACACACAUCGAAUCCAAAUUAUACAAACCGCUAACAUUAAAAUUAUACAACACCAAACUUGUCAUAUUAGUACUAUGCUAAGCAGAAGGCUAACUGAUGAAGUCAGGCGUUAGAUGCAAAAUCGAGGAAGAUUUGUAGUUAGAAGGUGGCCGUCCUUCGCUCCAGUCGGCCCUGUGCCAACGUAACGGCCCUGUAGCAGUACACGACAACGCGUGGAGCGCACAGGGUCUUCAUAGAAGAUAGUACGACCGGUCACGUUAUGUUGGACACGGCCGAGAGAGAUUGUUUCCCAUACAAACAUACUUAAGCACGAAGCUAACCGACACACGCUGUGAUAUGAUGUAACGAGCGUUCAAGGAACUGGCGAGUACUCACUUGGUAGUAUAUUGCCAUACACGGCCAGUCCUUACAGCAUAUCACAGCAUGCGACAUUUAGAAACGGUAGAGCAUGAAAGAUACACAAACGAAGUUCAGUAUUAGCGUGCAACUAAGUUGUACUAUUUAUUAAUAUCUAUAAAAAAGAGAAUUUGUCAGUUUGUACAAGUUAAUAUUACGUAAUGAGAAUUAUAAUGUGCUUACUAUGUUAGUGUAAAAAUAUUAUAGGAUAUUAUUUUCAGUUUCAUUUAUUUUCUAACGAUUAGAACGCGACCUGUCGCUGUAGUCAGAAAUUUUCUAAAGGUAUUUAAACAGACACAAAAAUACACCUAUACUUAUAAAUAAUCUAUCACCUCCGGCUAGAGUGUCGUCUGCGCACGGAAGCUGGCGAAUCUGUGAUAUCGAGUAGAAGACCGCGCGCGGCCAACGUAACAUCUAACUUACGUAUAUCAGUGAUGCUUAGAAUUGUGUAACGGGUAUCACUAGUCACACUGCCUACUGCCCUCCGCGGGGCCAGUGACUGCACGUGGCUAAACUCUCAUGUCUUCUAGUGUGUUUCUAUAGCUGAGAAUUUGAUAAAUUGUGUGCAAGCAGUGAUUUCGUAUAGAACAACAUUUCAUUUAAAUAACGUGCUGAGAACAAGUAAAUGUUAAAAACUUAAAGUUAAAGAUCGCCUUGUCAAUAUCUUAACAUCGAAAAGUGUCGCUGUUUUAGUUUGUUUUUUAAUUUUAAUUUUUCCAAUAGCCUAUUUAGAAUUAGUUUAGAAUAUAAGAGGGUUGAUAGAUAUUGACUGCGCUUACAUACGUGCGUACAAUAAACAAGUAUGAUCAGAAAUAAUUAAUUGUUCAUAGUCCACGCAGAGAGCGCAGCGUCUCCUACAUAUACAUAGGUGGCGGCCGACAAGUAACGUGAUCGUUAACUAUGUAUAUUACCUACUAAGCACAAUUUUCCUUGAAAAAAUAUACUUUGAACUACAUCGAAAUUUGACAAUUGUAAUUAUUGCACAUUUAUCUCUUAUUCGCACUGUACAUGUACAUACAUAUGUAAUGGAUAAUACAUAAAUGUACUUCGUAUAAAAUUAAUAACUUCUUGAUGUAUAUGGUAUACUUGUACAAUCAGAAUACUAUAAUAAAAUGGAAGCAACUUGUUCGCACGGUGUAAUUCGUGGAUUCUGUGAUAGUUCAUACGAGUCACUAUCUCAUAUUGAAAUAUAUACUCUAAAGAUAUUAAUUACUAUUUUUAACUUCAUUCUAACACGAAAAUGUUCCUUGUAAAGUGCAUUUGAUUAUAAUAUAGUUACCGGCAAUGUGCUAUUUCAUUGUACUAUACAAUACGUAGUGACCAUUGAAUGCGAGGUACAACCAGGGCCUAGGAGACAGGUCCGAACAGAGCCUACCUUACAUUAUCAGCUCCACCAAUGUGUACAUUGAACCACAAAAGCUUUAUAAACAGGAACAAUAUCUUCUAAAAAUAUUUCUGAUUGAUACGCACAUUAAUGUCAUCUUAUAACACUUCAACAUUAUUGUAACAAUAUAAAUCCUAGUUCUUUAACGACUGACUUUAUGGUUGUGCUAAGUUCAAUGUACUGAUCAUUUGAGGUAGCCGUAACUAGUAGCGCAAUACUUGGCAAAGCGUGAGCAAAACUUGACUUAUUCCCUACUUUUAUAUGAACACAGGAAUCCCAAUAAAAAUUAAAGCAAAAAUUUCAUUAUGAUCACAAAAUGGUACCUUUACAAAUCUGUGAAUAUCAAUGACAGAUGUGCUUUGUAUUCAUUAAAUUGAAUGUGCUGUAUACAUUGCCGGUAACGUCCGUCUUACAUACUAUACAUACACAAAAUAUAACACACACGAACUACUAGGGAACAUUGAAGAAAUAAAGAAAGAUAUAUAUGAAAAAGAAGAAAUUAUUGAACACAUAUUUUAACAAUGUAUAGUCUUCUCUGUCUUGCGCUUAUAGAAAAUAAUUGAGCGACAGACAGGAAUACUUUGUUAAAGCAAAUUGUACUCAGGAAUACCAACCUCUCUCUUUAAUAGCUAAUAUUGCUCAUGCCAACAUUUUAAAUUCAUAAGUUUGGCUGCAAGGUAAACGGGACAGGCAAUAAUAUCAAUCUUAGACUAAUUGACGUGAAUACGUUGCUGUAACACUUCAUAUUAACUAGUCCACGAGCGAUUUCAUAAGGUAUAGGUCGCAUUGCCCAUUUUUUACUAGAUAUAGUGCAGCAAGCCGACUGGGGAGCCUAGCAUGCUUCGUACCUUCAUGUCUUAUUUGCCAUUUAUUGUUUCAUCGUAACAGUCAGAUCUAAAAACAGACAAACUCGUCUCAGGACUGUCCAAAAGUUGCCGUGUAUUCACGUCAAGUCGGUGUCUCUCAAUUCAGUCUAUAAUCUUCUUCUUUCUGAUCAUCUAGUUAAAGUCAGUUAAAGCCUCGAAAAUCCAUAAAAUAAAUAGGUAAGAAAAGUCUCCUACUAGCAUACAACGCCAACUACAUAAAGGUAAAUAUAUUAAUAUUUUUGGUAAAAUACUUUAUUAUAGUAACAUAAUUUUGGACGGAAUUCUAUUGCGAAUGAAUUGAACGUGGCCUUCAAAAUAUACAUUUUUGUACACUAUUAGUUGUAUAAAUAUAAAAUAUAAAUAGGUAAGUAUUUACUUUCGAAUAGUAAUAGUUAUGAGAGAGGCAGAGAGGAAAGUAUUCCUGUUGAUAAAAUAGUAUAAUUAAUUUACAGUCGAAUAAAAGUAAAUGAAACAUAUAAUAUAAACGAAAUUAGAAAUUGAUUAGAGAUUAGUUGUGAUAGGAGUGCCUAAUGAGUAGUCCACGAAAGAGAGUACGAUUAUUUAAACAACGGGUACUCGAUGUCGCAAGCGGCGCAGGGCGUGCUUCCAUCGCGUCGCGCACCGACAACAAGACAUUUAAGUGUACACACGUGCCGUGUGCUAGCACGAUGAGAACACAUGUACGUCUCGUAUUUUCUUGUCGAGUACAGGAAAUGUAACAGAAGUAACUGUCCAGUACAUUCCGAUGACUGUGUCUUAUGUACAAUUGUACAGGGUACGUUUUUGAAGCGGCACAUCGAACCUAUUAGGACAACAAUGGAAGCAGUGUAUUGUAUAUAUCCUCAAAAAUAAGCAGACUACAAUUACUUUUUUAGUUUUUCGUUUCUCUUAUUUUAUUUCAAAAACUCAUCCUAUGCUAUAGGUUAGUUAGUUCAAUAUUUCUAGACGCACCACUAUAUAUAAAGACACUUUUAUUUUUACAAUUACAACCUAUCACGUAUGUUAUUGCAGCUUAUGAGGUAUUUUAUUAACUUAAUCAACAGAAUAUUGUCUCAAGCAGUUCGGGGUUAGAGUGCAUUAUUGCUCGUUUCGUAUCCGUGCCUUAUUGGCUAGGGUUAAGGCAAGUCGUGGCUGAAUGCCUACCACUAAAACGUUGGCAAUUCACUCAAAACUAUAUUAACUCUUUCAGCAAGCGCUUCGUCCAACUUUACGAGAGUAAUAAACUCCGAAACAUUGAAAUACGAUUGGCUCAACAAAGCUAUCCAAGUAUUGCAAUAUAAAUAUCAGCUGUUCAACGGAUUCGUUAUUAAUGUUUCACAACUGAUAUUAACAAGGCUAUAACCAAGCCUCAGAAACGGGCAAAACUGAAUAGGAAUUCACUUGAUGCACGCAACUCCUAACUAAAAUUAUUACAAAACUUGAAUAAUAAAUAGAACACAUUGUAUUGCCGGUUGUAACAAGUAACAAACAGCGAUAUCGUAUAAAUAGCGCAAUCAAAUAAAUGUAUAUAAUUUAAUUUAAGACAUAUCAUCGAUAAUUUAUUGCAAGAUUCGAUAUUACUUCAUACUUGUCGGCAGUAUACAUUUGGCAAUUUGUCGAUGAAGGCUUUAUGAUUAUUCUCAUUCAUGAUCAUUUCGUAGUCAUUCUGCAUAAGUUCGUCACGUACACUAUCACUACGAUGUAUUGGAAUCGACAUCGAGUGCAUCCCUCGUUAUUAUAUAAAAUCAUCGCAACAAUUACAAUGAAACAUAUCAAAGCGAAAAAGACACAAAGCGUGUUGUAUAUCAUGGGCAAACCAACUUCGGGAAUAUUAAUUUCAUCGUUUUAACGUAUUCUCUUUUACAUUUCAUUAUUUGGUUUCUUUAAUACUAUAACUUUAAAAAUAUCAAUAUCCAAUGUUAGCCUAGACCUACGCACUGUACAAUUAUUAUUAUUACAUCAAGAUAUUUCAGUGUCACUUUCGUAUCGGUAAGUAAACAAUCACGGCGAUCCUAUUUUUGCAUAUCUCGAAAAGAAGAAGCACAAAGAAAUGGAAAGUAAAGAUUUCGAUUAGUAAAAUAGUAUUUGAAAAAUUGUCUACGAGCAAUAUAUACAUUUAAAAUCAUAGCAUUCAGUGCGAGAAUAUUGUCAAGUAAAUCAGCGUCAUCUACAAUACACGACUUGCGCCUGUUACUUCAUAAUUUAGUGAUUCAGGCGAAACAUUGGAGUACAAGGGUAUAAACAAUUGUUCGAAUUGAUCCACUAGUCCACGUGGUCGGCUUGCACCGACGACAGCUAGGCGAGCGCUACAGGCCGGGGUAGUUGUGACCAGACACGCAUUUCAUGUCAGUACGUACAGUCAAACGGUGAUAUUACAGGGUUGUCAUCAGUUGUUAUUGCAGACUGCUUUCAGACUAAAGUGUCGCAAAUGCAUGCGGAGGUAGGCACAAAUAGAGGUAGGCACACGAGACUUAUAGCUUUAACUUUACGCCGUAUCAUACAUGUUACAUUAUGAAAUAAUCGCACUUUUAUUUCAGUAUAGUUAGAAACAAAGAGCGGGCAGACCUACCUAGCGAUGUAUUGCUAUAUUACGAUCUUACUAUCCGAGGAUGACGUCUAAGGGUUAACUUUCGAGAUCUUAUUAAGUAAAGAGAGAUAUUACUAAGGAUUUGUCUCAAUUAACUCUAUCAUUAAACUGCACUAAGGUCUACUAUGCUUCUGCUUUCUCAAGUGUAGACCACCUACCGUAUGCCUAUCGUACGUAUUACUAAGUAAUAAUAACAUAGCAGGCAGUUAUACGAAGCCAGGGCCUGUCUAGCGCUGCUAUCGACCGCCUAACGAAGGUUAACAUCUAUAUUGCUUGGCAAGGCUAGGUAGCGCAGGGGCUGCAGCAGUUUAGACUGAAAGCAGUGUUACUCGGGGACCGAGGCUUCACUUCUUGGUGGGGGUCCCGCGCUGUGUGAGCCCCUCGAACCGCUUGAACGUGUAGUUGAUGAACACCCAGUCUUUAUACGCCACCUCGCCGUCUUGUGGGAUUGGCGCUGAUGC